AUGUUCGAACUCACCGCUAUAAUUAUACCCUGGGCUUAUGCAUGUACUACCUUUUCCUCUGCAUGUUUCGCAAGCAAAGGUUUUACCACGACUAGUAUUGAUAAAGGGAACUCUAUACCGGAAAAAGAACCGCGCCGGCUCCGGUGCCUCAAGUCACAACGGUACCUUCAGUCUCCAGCUCAACCAACUCAAGUAGCUCAAACAACUCAAGUAGCCUCAGCAUCAAAUUCUGCGGCUCCAACAACUCCGGCUGGAGCUGAAACAACAACCCAAACACCUAGUACGACUUCUACAACAACUACAACUUUACAAGGUAAUCAAUCGAGUUCAAUACCUCAAACAUCUGUAACAUCUGUUGGUAGUUCAAUAGUUGACACCACGAGUAUCGCUCCAUCAACUUCCGACGGUAGUUCAUCAACUUCAUCAACUUCGUCAACCGAUCUAACAUCACAGUCUCAAUCGUUAUCAAAUGUAACAGAAUCAUCGUCUGGUGUUACCACUACUAAUAUCAGGACGACAACUGAUGCAUCUAAGAGCUCCAAAACCGAAGAAUUUUCUACUUCCAAAUAUACUCCUCCAAUGCAAACCACGUCUACCGUAAAUGUUUGUAGCAAUAGUGACUGCCAAGUAGAUACUACCAUAAAUACAAGCGUGAAAGGAAAUAUCACCACAAUAACCGCACCACCCGAUACGGAUACUGCUCCCCCGACCACCAUAACGCAGUCCAGUGAUUCUAAAGUAAAAUCCACGGUGUAUGUAACCACCACCUUUCUUACCACGAUUACCGAGGUUUACCCUGGUUAUACCACCACCUUACGUUCCACAGGUACCAACGGAAUUGUAUCGGAGUAUUCCACCUAUGUCCCACCGAGUACCGUGGUGGUGGUGAAGAUGAUAACAGCUGCUGUUCAGGAGAAUCUUGUAGCAAGUGGCGAUCUUGGGUUGGGAGCAUUGAAUGGCAUAGCGAUAAGUUUGUGUGUGAUCG